AUGGACACGACAAAGUCCCCAGCAGCAAACCCCGGCAUAACGCCCGAUCCCAGUCACAACGGUUCAACAAUCCGCAAAGCUUUCGUCCUGGAAGCCCUCGCAAACCUCUUCGUCAUACCUUUGAUAACAAAUACGCGCUUCAUUCUCUCGUUCCUUCUCAACAAUCCAUCCCGAGACAUCAACCCCUCCUCGGUCUUGUUCGCGCGCCUAUUCGGCUGCUUGAUUGUCGGUGGAUUCACGUCGGCACUGCUAGCCGGCGCUACCAACACCAGAAAUGGAAUUGAGUCUAGAAGAACAACUUAUAUGAUGUUGGGUCUAGGCGAGGCAAUGUUGAUUCCAAUGUUGGCCCUGGAGUUGAGUAGAGGCCCACAGGCUGCACUGAGUAAAAAGGCGGCAGGGGUAAGCAUUGGGUUUUUGGGGCCUCCGUUGUUAUGGAGGCUGUAUGUGAUUUUUGUUAGGCCAGACUUGUUGGGGAGGUAUACAGAAGGGGGAGCGGGUAAUGGACGUGCGACGAGGAGGGACGGAUAUGGUACUAUCAACACACGUGAUGAUUAA